AAAUAUCGCCAGCAGUGAAUAUCAGUUGCUUGUUCAAAGUGCAGAUCGCACAUUUAGCUUUGACCAGAGGGUGGAGCUUCUAUAUGAACCAAAAACUAUGUCGGUAUUCAUACAAACGGACAAACCGGUGUAUACCCCGGGAGAUCUGAUACGUUUUCGGGUAAUCGUGGUGGAUGCUGACACUAGACCUGUGACUAGUAUUAAAACGGUAAAUAUAGCGAUCGACGAUUCUGCAAAAAAUUCCAUUCGAAAGUGGCCUUAUGCCAAGUUGUUAAACGGCAUCUUUGAGUCACAAGUGCAAUUAGCUUCUUCGCCUGUUCUUGGCACCUGGAUUAUCAACGUAACAGCUUCCGACGACAUCAUUGUCACCAAACAGAUAGAAGUUAAGGAAUAUGUGUUGCCAAAAUUUUUCGUGAAAGUUUACCCUUCGGAGGUUCUAUUGGGGAAAAAUAAGAAGGUUUCUCUUACCUUAGAUGCCUAUUACACGUUCAAAGAACCCGUCGACGGCAAUUACAAAGUUGAGUUAUUUUUGGACCAUACCAAGAGAAAGCCUGACUUCAUAAAAAGUGAUCGAAUCACCGGUAAAACAUCACUUGAGUUUCAAUUGAAAAAUGAAGUAGACAUUGAUGGCGACGAGCAGUACACUGAUGUCACGGUUGAAGUUGAAGUUGUCGAGGCAUUUUCUAAUCGCACAGUUAGUAUAACUGAGAAUAUUCCGAUUUAUCGUCAGCCUUAUACCGUGACCCUUCUUCCAUCUGCACCAUCAUUUCGACCAGGAGUUCCAUUCAAUGUACAAAUAGUUGUGAAAGAUCAGCUUGGACACCCUCCUGCCGAAGAAAAAGCGGCAUCAAUUGACCUUACUGUAGAGUUCCAUUUGCCCAUUGACAGUGACACCAAAUCUAUCACUGUAGAUCUGGACGAGAAAGGAACAGGUCAGCUCACAUUAGAGCCCCGCCCAGACGCCCAAGAACUGAAAGUGAACGUAUGUUCCAUUAGUUUGUUAAUUUCUCAACCAAAUAUUUACCAACCAAUUUUUUUCCUAUUUUUAAACCCGGAUUUUUUACUUUUUCAGGCUACAUAUGACUCUCAACAAUACGAUGUAAUUCACGAUCCGAUACAUGGUUUCAGUUCGCAAAGUAAGCAGUACAUCACAGUAACUCUGAAUCCAAAAUACUAUAACAACAUUAAAGUCGAUAAGGACAUCGUACUGGACAUCUCCUGCACUGAAACAAUGACGCACUUCUCGUACAUCGUUGUCACCAGAGGAAACAUAGUGGAAGCAUCGAACGUUCCUGUCAGGAUAAAAAAGAAACAUUCUCUGAGAUUGAAAAUGACUUCAAAAAUGUCUCCGGAGUCGAGGCUUCUAGUGUACUAUACAAACAGGGAGUAUCUCAUCUUUGAUGAUAUUGAGCUGAAGUUCGAUUCGUUCAACAACGACUUCAAAUUCGAUUUGAACGAUGAUGAGUAUUUUCCAGGGCAAUCAGUUUAUAUCGAUGUAUACGCUUCAAAGGAUUCAUACGUUGCGUUCAGUGGAAUCGAUGAAAGUGUACUCCUGGUAGGCAAAGAGCGCCAUGACUUCAACAAAGGAGAUGUGCUCAAGGAACUCGCUCUUUACGGAGCAACAAAUGAUGCCGAGUUUGACUUGUUCCACAAAUAUGGAUUGUUCCUGAAAUCUACUGCUACCGUUGAUACUCCUGUAACUCGCUCACAGAAUGCACGAUUUGGUACUCUACUAGGAAGGACUAGGCAGCAAGCGAUUGAAAUUCGAACUCAAUUCCUAGAAUCCUGGUUAUGGAAAUCCUUUUCCAUGGAUGGUCGAAACAACUUCAAAGCAAUAGAAGACUCGGUUCCGGAUACUAUUACAACGUAUCACGUGUCAGGAUUUGCUUUAAGUCCAACACUAGGUCUUGGAGUAAUCCAACAACCAGUGAGUUUCACCGUUCGUAAAAAAUUCUACUUGGUUGCAAAUUUGCCUUACUCGAUCAAACGGGGUGAAGUGGCGUUGAUUCAGGUUACCGUCUUCAACUUCCUAGGAAGCAGCAUAACAACCGAUGUGACGCUGUUCAAUAAACGCGAUGAAAUUGAGUUUGUCGAGAAUGCAUCCACUAAUAAUACACAUCGAACAAAGGCGGUAAUUGUCCCGAAUAACAAUGGAAAAUCUGUAUCAUUUAUGGUGAAAGCAAAGAAAUUAGGACAGAUUGCGAUCAAAUUCCAGGCGGUAAACCUGCUGGAAACGGAUGCAUUGGAGCACAUGUUACGAGUAACCCCAGAGAGCCAUCGCUAUGAGAAAAAUGUAGCUCGAUUCGUUGAGCUACCAAAGUUUGAGACGCAAACUUUCGAUGUGAAGCUGGACAUUCCCAAAAAUAUCGACGAGGGUUCUGCUCAAAUCAAAUUCACGUUAGACCGUAAGUAUAAAUAG